GCAAAGACGAGCCCAUAGCAGCUUACCCAAUCAGACAUUAGAUCAUUUGAUGGUUUUUCUCUGCGGUUUGCUCUCUGCAUGGCUUUCUGCCAGCGUAAGUGAUCUCAUGGAAUGUACACGGGAUUCUUCUUCUUCUUCAAGAAAACAUUUUGCCGAGCUCUGCACUCGACCGCUCUCCCGCCCAGACAGGAGUCUCUGCAUGGGUCCAUUUGAAUGAAUUUUUAUGGAUACCUUUUUUUGAAAUGUACAUCGUGGGAUUUCGCUGACUGGAUCGAUGCCGUACUGAAAGGUGAAGGAAAAUGCGGGUGCCGUCGUUAAUUUGGUUUCUGCACUUCAUGAAUCUCACGAAAGGCCUGGAUGGCACAAGACGCAGUUCCUCCGUGAGCAGACUCUGUCCGGCAGGUUGUGCGACAUGCUCUGCCCCGAAUGGCUGUCUGUCCUGCAAACCUCGCCUCUUCUUCCACUUGGAGAUGGACGGGAUGCGGCAGAGGGGCACCUGUGUGUCCUCGUGUCCCCGGGGUCACUACGGCAUGCGCUCUCCACACAUCAGCACCUGCGCAAGGUGCAAGGACGACUGCUCUUCCUGUUUCAGUGAAAACUUCUGCACACAUUGCCACCCCGGUCACUUCCUGUUCCGGGGCAAAUGUGAGAACAGCUGUCCAGAUGGGCUGACGGCAAACACAGUGCUGCGAGAAUGCACAGAGUGCUCUAUAGACUGUGAGAUGUGUGUGAGGAGCACCGUGUGUGUGAGCUGUAGAGCAGACCUCUACCUUCUCCACGGUCAGUGCCAACUCACCUGCCCGACGGGAUUUGAGCCCGACGUGCAGCUUAUGCAAUGCAUCCCCCAAGUUCAUCCUUCUGCUUCCCCUACAAAGUGCGUACUGUUGCAUAUUCAAUCGGGACAUAUUUGAAGUUUAACCCUCUUGCUCAUAUAUCCGCUGUGCAGAGGUUUGUGGGUCAGAACAGCCAGAAAAGCGACCGGAUGCAGACAUCCUGGUGUUUUUUUGCUUACUUCACUUGACAUACUAAAUAUUUUUCUGACAUACUGUAAAGUAUGGUAGUAUUGGUACUGGAACGCACAAGGUCUUAAGUUUUAAUCUCUCGCUACCUAUGAGUACUUUGUCAUCAUCAUCGUCAUCUCUCUCCUCAUAGUGCACUGUGAGGUUGGGGGAUGGACAGAUUGGGGUCCAUGUGUUCGCAAAAGGAGCACGCAGGCCUCCAGGAGGGGACAGGAGACACGUGACC